GCACGGAGGCGGGAAGUCCUCCCGCACGGGGGCGCUGCCACCUGCGAGGGGGAGGAGCCAGACGGGAACCGGGUUUUUCUGCCGCGGAACGCGCUGGAGUUGGGAGAACUCAUCCUGACCAUGAAGGGCGACCAAGGAAUCGAGAACCCGGCUUUCGUCGCCUCCAGCCCAGAGACCCCGCACCGUUUGUUUGCAGUGCCCUCUCACGUCGAGGCCUCUGACUUGUCCAUCAAUACCCAGACACAGCAUGCGCAGCCACGGGAGCCUCAGGAGCCCCAGAAGUCCCCGGAGGCACCCCGGCCUUCGGCGGAUCCCACGGUCUCCCAAGAACUGUCCGUUCCAGAGCCGCCGCCCGAGUUUGAGGAGGGACCCUGCGGGUGUGGGAACUUACAACCGCAGAGUCUCCAGCGCUGCAACACGCCCCAGGGCUUUCUGUUUUACUACUGCCUCCUGGCCCUCGUGCAAGGUAUUGUAGUAAAUGGCCUCGUAAAUAUUAGCAUUUCCACUAUUGAGAAGCGCUAUGAAAUGAAGAGUUCUCUGACGGGCCUGAUAUCAUCAAGCUACGAUAUCUCAUUCUGUUUGUUGUCUUUAUUUGUGUCAUUCUUUGGUGAAAGAGGACACAAACCAAGAUGGCUUGCAUUUGCAUCCUUUAUGAUAGGACUGGGAGCCCUUGUUUUUUCAAUGCCAAAAUUUUUUAGUGGAAAAUACCAAGUGGGGUCCUUUUUUGAAGGUACUUGCAUAGCAACAAGAAAUACAACCAGUUGUACCUUUGCAAGUUCUUCACUUUCUAACUACUUGUAUGUCUUCAUCUUGGGACAACUGUUGUUGGGAGCAGGAGGAACUCCUCUCUAUACCCUGGGAACAGCCUUUAUUGAUGAAUCUGUGCCCACACACAAAUCUUCUCUCUACAUUGGAAUUGGCUAUUGUAUGUCAAUAUUAGGCCCUGCUGUUGGCUAUGUGUUGGGAGGACAGCUGCUAACCUUGUACAUUGAUGUGGGUAUGGGACAAAGCUUAGCUAUCACUGAAGAUGAUCCACGAUGGCUGGGGGCAUGGUGGAUUGGAUUUCUUCUGUGUUGGCUCUUUGCUUGGUCUUUGAUAAUACCUUUUCUGUGCUUUCCAAAACAUUUACCAGGCACAGCAAAAAUUCAUAGUGAAAGAAUUUGCCAGACUCAUCAGGAAAAGAGUAUUUCCUUAAAACAAACAGAGAAUUUUGGAACAAGCUUGAAAGAUUUCCCAGCUGCUCUAAAGAAUUUGAUGCGGAAUGCUGUCUUUAUGUGUUUAGUGUUGUCAUCUUCUUCAGAAGCCUUAAUUACUACUGGGUUUGCUACAUUUUUACCUAAAUUUAUAGAAAAUCAGUUUGGAUUGUCUUCCAGCUUUUCAGCCACCCUUGCAGGGGCUGUUUUAAUUCCUGGAGCCGCUCUUGGUCAGAUUUUAGGUGGUGUCGUUGUUUCAAAACUCAAAAUGACAUGUAAAAACACAAUGAAGUUUUCUUUGCUCACAUCGUUCUUUGCGUUUGCGCUGAGUUUCGUAUUUAUUUAUGCCAACUGUGAAAAUGAGCCAUUUGCCGGUGUGUCUGAAUUGUAUAAUGGGACAGGAAAACUGGGAAACUUGACCGCUCCUUGUAAUACCGAUUGUAACUGCUUGCGAUCAUAUUAUUAUCCUGUCUGUGGAGGAGAUGGAAUCCAGUAUUUUUCUCCCUGCUUUGCAGGUUGUAAAAAUUACGUUUCAGAAAGACAUUCAAAGGUAUAUUACAACUGUUCCUGUAUUGCAAGGAAUAUAGAAAUGACACCUACUGUGGCAGAUUUUGAUUUUGAAGCUAAAGCUGGAAAAUGUGAAAACCGAUGUUCAAAGUUGCCCAUUUUCCUUGGCUUUUUGUUUGCUACAAUUGUCUUUACAUUUAUGUCUGGUACUCCUGUAACUGUGUCCAUCCUAAGGUGUGUUGAUCACAGGCAGCGGUCCCUGGCAUUGGGAGUACAGUUUAUGCUGCUUCGAUUAUUAGGCACAAUACCUGGACCAAUUAUAUUUGGUAUCAUAAUAGACAGCACAUGUAUUCUGUGGGAUAUUAAUGAAUGUGGAACUAAAGGAGCUUGCUGGAUUUAUAACAACAUCAAGAUGGCCCAUAUGCUAGUAGCCAUAAGUGUGGCUUGUAAAACUAUCACCAUUUUCUUCAACGGGUGUGCAGUCUUUUUGUAUAAGCCGCCACCGUUAGGCCCAGAUGCAUCAUUUGAAAAUCAGAACACGGUUGUGACUACUGUUUCUGUAGAAUGUGAUCUCAGCAAGACAGUAAAUGAAGGGUGAAAUAGAAAAAGGAGACUCUUUUACAGCUGGGAAGUUGGCCAUCAUUUGUAAGAGUGCACAUUGCCAUUGCAGCAUUAUCUACCUAAUAUGGAUGAUUACGUUUCAGAAGUUGGUAUUUUAUAAUUAAAUGUGUUUUCUGUACACUUAUGGACUUAUUUUUGUUUUAAUGUAAUACACAGACUUGUGUCUUCAGAGCCCACCAAAAGCCUCAGAAUACACACACACACACACACGCAGACACAUACACAGAGACACUUCCCAUUGUCCAGGUGUGAAAUAACAAGCUAAUAAACUAAUUUAGAAAAAAAGCCAAUUAUUAGUUAAAAGUUUACAUUUUAAAAACAAAGUGACAUUUCUAUUCUUGCAACUUGUUUUAAUUAUCAUUGCCAGUAGUUUGGGCUUAUUUAGAAAAUUUGUGGUAUAAAAAUGUAAACUAAUCAAAUUUAUGUGAUGAUUUUAAAGAACUAUUACUAAAAACUCAUGAAUUUAAAACUAGCUGUUUUGUUUUGAAAUUUAUAUACACUAGUCUGUCCUUGAUCAGAGAAGGUUACUGAACUAUUGAAAUAUAGGUUAUCUUCUUUGUGUUCCAGUUUACGGUGAAUUCAGAAAUAGCAUUAUAUAUACAUAUUUUCACUUUAACUCAAGAAUUCCAGGACAUAAUUUGUUAAUCUUGUCUAUUUUUAACACUUUCCUUUAAUGAUUCCAAGACAGUAUUAUUCAAUUAUAUGUCCUCCAGGAGAAAGUACCAGAUUCAGUAAAGAAAGUGCCAAUUAUGUAUGAAAAUAUUUCUCAUUUUUUUAAUGUCUUAGGUGCAUUUUAUUGAUUUUCUUUGAAAAGAUUCCUAAAUGAACUGUUGAUGUGUUUACAUAACUCAGUAAUUUAGUUUUUUCUCAUUUUAAAAACUUGUCACCUAGUAUAUUAUUUAUUGCGCCUAAGAUAGUGCUUUGUUCAUAAAAGUCAUGAAUUAGGGUUGCUCGACUCUUUAACUGAUCCAUUUAUUCGAAAGAUAAAGUAUUUCACAUAUCUGGUAACAUUAUAACAGUCCAUGUCUUCAGCUCAGAUUUAAGCCAACUUUGUCUACUCAGAAUGUGGAGGAAGUAGGUCAGUGAACAGUAACAAAAAACUUCUACCUGGUCAAGAAUUUUACUGAUUAAGAAAAGUGUUGAAGUUCAUACUUAAUUUAGAGAGAAGGAAAAAUCACCCUAUCUUUACAAAUAGUUUGAAUAAGUUGCUGAAUAAUUGGCUUUCGUAAUGGUUUUUGGUUAUGAAGAGUUUUGUUUUAUUCAGUGUACUCAAUUUUAUAAGAUGAUACAUUUUUACAAACUUUUUAAUGAAAAUGGGUAAAGUGAAAAUAAUUUUGACACUUGAAAGAAGUCCAACUCAUACAUAUUUACAAAGAAUACCUCCUUUCAUGACAGGGUGGUGUAUACACUACUAUAAUUUAUAAACAUUAUUUAUACUUUUGGAUCAAGUAGGUUAUAUGUGUUGGUAUGCCACUUUAAGAACAAAAUUUUUCAUAGUAUAUUUUUUCACAAUUUAUAUGAUUUAAAUUAAGCUUGAAUCUAUAAAUUGACCUGUGGUGAUUUUUGUACAUAAUUGGAUAUAUGUCUUAAAGCUUAUUUUUAACAUUUAGAUUUCCUUAUUUGUAGGACAUAAAAAUCUAAAACUCUUAAACAUGAAAGAACGAUAUAGAAUUGAUUUAGCUAUGUAAAUUGGAGAAAAAUAUAAGUAAAAUUUUCGCUCUGUUUUCUUUUAGUAUUUUCUUUAAAUAUGUAAAAUGCAUAUAUGUAUCUUUUUAAAAAUGAGAAUAUUUGUACCAGAUUGUUAAGUGUUUAACCUUAUUAAAUGGCACAGAUUUUGAAAUGGGGUUUGUAUCUGUUUAUUCAUACACACACAUUUGAUGGUUGGAGAAGGGAAAAUCAGUGUACUUUUGAACCUGUUGAGUGUAAUUUAAUUCAGUGAUUUUUGAUAUCCCAAAAGAUACAUUUAAUUCAAUGUAAACCACGUUCACUAUUAAAUAUAUACUAAAAUUAUUCCAUACAGUAGUUUUCAUGUAUGACAGAGGGAUAUAUAGGAUUUAUAUGAGUAAGAUAUUGUUGCAGAUGGUUGGUUGUCAGAGGUCUGAUACUGCAAAAGUAAUGUGUUUUGGAAAGUUUAUAUUUAAGUCAUCUUGGGUUAUCAAAACACUCAGUACAAUAUUUUUAAAAAAAUCAGGUUGGACAUUAAUUUUAGAGGUAAUGUCCUUUCCCCCUGCUACAACACAUUUCAGGCUUCUUCAGCCUUUUUUGUAUCCAAAGCAAUAAACAUUAACUUACGAGUUAUAUAUGAGCGAUCAAACAUAAAUAAAAGACAAUCUAUUGUUAAAAACUGCAUGGAUAAAUUGGAUCAAAACAUUUUAGUGUUUUUUACUUAAAUUAACAGCU